AUGUCAAUCUUCACUGUACGUCCGGCCAGUACGGACAAGGAUCCUUUUAGAAUCGGGUUGACGGCCGUGUCUAUGCUGUCGCUGAAGUUGAAAUCUGGGGACAUCUGUGAGCUCCGGGGAGCCGAUGACAACAAUGGCAAAAGGAAGCUCGCUGUCGCUUGGCAAGGGCUUGGGCCUGGAAUGAAAGAUUCGAUCGUUCAGACGUCAAGGCUCCUCCAAGAAGCCUACGGGUUCAAACUAGGAGAGAAGAUCACUAUUUCGCGCUGGUCACAUCCCUUACAGAGUGCCGUCUCUGUGACGCUUCAGAAGGUUGGGGCUCCGCCAGAUGUUGACGCUGACUUGAAAUCCUGGUCGAAGCAGAUUGCCUCGACUAUAUCCCCUACAGGGGAACAUAUGGUUGUGUCACAGAGGUUACGCUGUACGCUGUCAUCAAAUGGAGUGGAAGCAGUCGAGUUCGUCGUAAAGGACAUGGGUUUGCAAGACUCCUUGUUCGCGCGCGUAACAAGGGACACGGCCUUCAGGAUUGUCAGCUCAGAGACGCUAGAUCAGCCUCUAGCCAUCACUUUCCGGCCAAAGCAUCUCGGUGGGAUGCAGGAUCAAAUUGCUCAAGUGCAAGACAUCGUAAGCGAUAUCUGUUACCCAAUUGCCAAACAGCAUUUUCAAGCAUACGAGCCAGUGCAAGGGCUUCUUCUGUACGGCGCUAAAGGAACAGGAAAAUCGUCAUUGAUUGCCGCCUUGGCCGAUUGCGAAUGGCCGACAGUCCUACAUUGGAAACCAGGGGCAGAGAUUUUCGCCUCGCCAGAGCCCUCCUUGGUUAUUGUAGGGCCAGAAUAUCUUACCAGAAACCCCAGUACCUCGUCAAAUCUGACCAGCGAGUUGGACUCCAUGUUUCAGCGGAUUCAGGGAAGCCCUACCCUUGUGGUUGCGGAAGCGCGGCACCCAAAUGAUAUCGACGAAAGGCUGCGAACAGAAGGCAGGUUUGCCGUUGAGAUCGAGUUGCCUAUCCCGUCAGCGCUUCAAAGGAAAGACAUUUUGCUUGCGUUACGAGACAAGGACAGUGUCCCUACAGAUGACCUUCUGCAGGAAAUUUCAGAUAGGACACAUGGAUAUGUAGGUGUUGAUCUGAAAGCUCUUCUUCGGGUAAUGAUUCACCUUGCAUCUAAGCACCCGCCGCCUUAUGGAGCAAAUGAUGGUGAAGGAACUCGGUUGGUUGUACAAUCCGCCGAUCUCGAGAACGCUCUGCAACAGGUCCGGCCGUCUGCGCUACAAGAGAUCUUUCUCGAGACCCCAAAUGUCCGAUGGUCUGAUAUCGGUGGCCAGCAUGAAAUCAAACGUCAGCUACACAAUGCUGUUGAGCGACCGUUGAAGUUUGCGGAUCGCAUGAAGAAGUUGCGCUUGCAGCCAAAGAAAGGCGUCCUUCUCUAUGGUCCUCCUGGUUGUUCAAAGACUUUGCUUGUCCGAGCCCUGGCAACGGAAGCCGGCCUCAACUUCCUGGCUGUCAAAGGGGCAGAACUGAUCUCCAUGUAUGUUGGUGAGAGCGAAAGAGCCACCCGCGAGGUGUUCCGCAAAGCCAGAGCGGCCAGCCCAAGCAUCAUCUUCUUCGACGAGAUUGACGCCAUCGCCUCUCGCGGGAGAAGCGGCAGCGAUCUCAAUGUUCUGACCACCUUGCUCAAUGAGAUGGAUGGGUUUGAGGAGCUUCGAAAUGUAUUUGUGGUCGCUGCGACCAACAAGCCGCAAAAUAUCGAUCCUGCUUUGAUGCGUCCGGGCAGGUUUGACAACGUUGUCUACAUUGGUCCGCCAGAUGUUGAAGCGAGAAAGGAGAUCUUCCACAAACGGCUCGAAGGGGUGUAUGAAAGUCAAGAUAGUCUCGGUGAGGCCGUACAAGAGUUUGCCAGUUCAACAGAAGGGUUUUCAGGGGCCGAGAUCGUUGCCAUUUGCCAGACUGCCGGAGAAAAUGCCUUUGACGCUGACCGCGAAACAAUCAUAUCCGAUGACAUCAGGAAAGCAAUCGGGACGACUCCAAAGAGUAUCACCAAAGAGAUGUUACUAGAAUUCGAAACGUGGAAUGCCGCACGAAUGCGGUAG